GGGGAACUCAGCCUGUUCUGUGUCUCAGUAUUCGGAGAUUCUAAGUCAGUCUUUGGGCUCCUUCACCAGUAUCUUCCCACAAGGAAACCCACAAAAUGAGGCUGAGGAUUCACUGCAGAAGUUUCUCAGCCAGUCUGAUGUUUAAUGUCCUUGUUUUACUUCUUCAUCCUGUUUCCACACAAAGAAACAGAAAUCAGAUUUAUUUCUUGGAUCAGGGAGAGGACAUUGUACUAAAAGGCCCAGACAAUCCUGGGAAAGGCCCAUUAGUCUGGGAAUGGAAACCACACUCAGGGCAGCACACCCACAAGUUGGUGACUUUCACUAGAGACUACUCAGGCCGUUGGAAUAGAUAUUGGAACUAUGACUGGAGCCACAGUGACUUCUACCAUAAAGUGCAAUUGGAUUAUUACACCUUUGAUCUGAGAAUUAAAAGACCCAACUUUAAAUUUGCGGGAUUGUUCACUUUGACACAAACACAGCCGACAAAGCAAAUCCUGAGAUACUACGAAAUAUUUGGAAUCAAAGUUGAGGCGAGUCCACAGUUUACUGUGGAGGGCAGUGACGUCACCCUCAGCUGUACCAUCUCCAGAUUCCCGGAUACCGUCAGUCUCCACUGGAAACCAGUUGAUUCAUCCCAGCAGAGCAGGAGAAAUACUGAUCAGAGCCAGCUGAAUAACACCGUCUAUCUGAUGCUCCGACACAUUACGGUGGAGGAUGGGAAGCUGUAUCAGUGUGAAGUGCGGGAAAACGGAAAUGUUGUUGGUACAAGCAAAGCAGAUUUUACUGUAAACAUGGAUUUAUAUGGGGGACGUUACACCUUUUAUCGUCCCAGCACAGAUUACAGUGAACUCCACCUGCUUUGCUAUUCUCGUUUUGCAUACGGUCGUGGUGUGUGGACCUGGUCAUCGCGUCAACCACACAGCCAUCAGAAACAAAUAGCAUCUGCAACAGAACAUCAGCCCAUCAAUGUCCAUGGCACUGACUUUGGCAAUCGACUAAUGGCCUCAGUGGAACAAUUCGAUGGCAAGAAUUUCAGUGCGAAGAUUGCCCCGGUUCUGUUUGGAGAUGCCGGAAUUUACAUAUGUUCUCUUGGAUCAUAUAUAUUUCUGACCAUUGAGUUAAUCACAGUGAAAGUCACAGCUGAACCGUCUGAGACAGUGACUGAGGGAGACACCGCUACCCUGACCUGCUCUAUCUCUGACAUCAGUGCAUCAACCAGACUGGUUUGGAUCAAUGGAGAUGGUGAAAAUUUUGGAGAAAAGACACUAAAUGGAGAAGAGAAAUCACUGAGUCUGAUCAUACAUAAAGCUGAGAGAAGAAGAGGAAAAUGGAAAUGUGGUGUGUUUGUUCAAGACAGGCUCUGGAUUCUUGUUCCGUAUUAUCAGGAGCUCAGUGGAAGCGUGAAUUCUAUUUACUUUCUCCAUCAGGAAGGAAUCUUUGUAUUGAAAGGGCCAGACAAUCCUGGAAGAGACUCCAUUGAUUUGGAGUGGAGUCCACACACAGGGCAACAAACCACAAAGCGAUUGGCCACUUUUCACAGAGAAGGUCAGCGGUGGACCGUACAAUGGAGUGACGAGUACAGUAAAAUACCAGACAUUUCCCAGAGGUUACAUGUGGACUGGGGUACCCUUAAUCUGAAAAUCAGGAAACCCACCUUUGAACUUGCAGGCCAGUUCACCUGGACUCAGACACAGUCCGGUGGGAAAAUCCUGAGACAGUGGGAAGUAUUUGGGAUCAAAGUUGAGGCCGACUUACAGAGACCUGUAAUCGGCAGUGAUGUCACCCCCAGCUGUACCAUCUCCAGACUCCCAGAUACUGUCAGUCUCCACUGGAAACCGGUGGGCUCAUCCCAGCAGAACAGGAGAAACACUGAUCAGAUCCGGCUGAAUAACACCAUCUAUCUGAUGGUCCGACACAUUGGAACAGGAGAUCCCAGUCUGUACACAUGGGAAGUGCAGGAAAAUGACUCCAUUGUUCUCACUGGAGACAAUGAAGUUGGAGUGGAUGAGGAUUUACACAAUAAGAUGUACACAGUUUAUCGGUCAGACAUAGAUCACAGUGAACUCAGGCUGAUUUGUGAAACUGCUUCUGAGCUCACUAAGGCCAAAUGGACUUGGAAGUCACAUUUCCAGAAUCAGGUGAUGGAAAUAGCUACUACUUACAGAUCUCAGCCUAUCAAUGUCAGUGGGAGGAGCUACUUCGAGAACCGACUGAGAACUGCAGAGGAAAAUCUGAAUGUCAAGAAUUUCAUUGUGAGGAUUGUUCCUGUGCAAUUUGAAGAUGCCGGAGUUUACACAUGUUCUCUGGGAUCAUAUCAAUAUGUCAUUAUUGAUUUAAUCACAGUUAAAGUCACAGCUGAACCACCCAAUGCAGUGACUGAGGGAGACAAUGUUACCCUGACCUGCUCUGUGUCAGAGCUCAGUGAAUCAAUGAGACUGGUUUGGAUCAACAGUGAUGGUGCAACCGUGGAUGAGAAAAUAUUCAUGGAACAGAAGAGGAAAGGCUACUCUUUGCAGCUGAUUAUUCCAACAGAUGAUAAAGUCCAAAUAAAAUGGACAUGUGUUUUGUUUCAUCAAAACAUACCCAAGAUUUUUAUUCCGUAUUAUCUUCAGGUGAACAAGGAUCGCAGUUUUAAACACACCACUGUUGUAAUUAUUGGUGGACUGGCCCUUCUCCUCAUCAUUGUCCUGGUGAUGGUGUUGUGUCUAAGAAAGUGCAAGGUUACAGGUUUGAGAAAUCAAAGAGAGAAAUCACGGCAAACAGAGAGGAACACAGAAGAUGACUCUAACCUUUAUGCAAAUCCAAAUGAAAUGCAGCCAACACAAGGAACUAAUGCGAUGCCGGAGCCUGAAUCCAGCCAUAUUGCUGAAUAUAUGUCUGUGAGCAGGAAGGCAGUACAAAAAGACACAGAGGAAAAUAUUCAUUAUGGAUCCAUCUGCUUCAAGAAAAAUGCACCAGGGGAGAGACAUGCAGGACCAACCUCCAAUCAAGUGUCAACUAACCUGUCUUCUUCAAAUCAAAAUAUCUCAUCUGUUAUCUAUGCACCGAUAACAACAAAAUCUACAUGAAUAUUCAGCCAAGGUUAUUUGCUCUUUGAAGUUCCACUGGAUAUUGAGAACCAUGUGUUUGCAGAAGAUAAAGAUAGUUUUGGGACAAACAUAGGUUGUGUAUAUGAGGCACACAGUGCAACAUGGAAUCAGGCCAAUUUGUUCCUUGAUAUUUUUCUGUGCUCAAGUUCAGUAGAAAUUCUUUUGUUGCCAUACUACAGAUGUUACGACAAUUGAGGGUGUGAUGCUUGGUCUCCUAAUGAGGAAUGAGACAGGGCCGGUCACAGAAGUUUGUGCAGUGGAACACCAGGCAUCUAAUGAUCAUAAUGCCAAUAGUUUGAAAGUAAUUAUGGAAAAUGAUAGGUCUGUUCCUUGGGCUGAAAUUUUAAAUUGGAGCAAGGCCAAUUUUGAUGGUAUGAGAAAGGAGCUGGUUAGGGUGGAUCCGGAUAAGUUGUUUUCUGGCAAAGGUAUAUGUGGUAAGUGGAAGCCUUCAAAAGUGUAAUUUUGAGAGCACAGAGUUUGUAUGUUCCUGUCAGAAUAGAAGGCAAUGACAACAGAUUUAGGGAAUCUUGGUUUUUUAGACAUAUUUGGGCCCUGGUUAAAAAAGUGAUUUUUUUGCAACUGUAUUUACUCUGGAAACAGAUAAAAAGCCUAUUGAAAUGAGGCAAAGGAGUAGUGAGGUCAUGACCAGAUAACAGGAUGAGGUGUUUGUGAUUUUAAGGAUAAUUAGGGUGGAUAAAUCCCCAUGGCCUGAGAAGGCAUUGCCUCAGAACCUGUGGAAGGCCAGUGCAGAAAUUGAGGGGGUCCUAGUAGAGGUGUUUAAAUCAUGUUAUGAAUUAUAUAUUUGAUAUGUUUGUUUUGCACUGUAUUAGUCUUCAUCUUGUUAAUGUUUUAUUUUGCAGUUGUUUUGUAGAAACACAUAAAAAAAUAAUUACAAGAAAACAUCCUUAGCCACAGAUAUUGUGCCAGAGGAUUGAAAGACAACUAAUUUUGUUUAGGCUGGUGAGUCUGACAUCAGUAGUGAGUAAGCUAUUGAAAGGAAUUCUAAGAGACUAGAGUAGAAGUAUCUGAUAGACCAUGAAUGAUUAGAAGUGUCAGCAUGGCUUUGUGCACUUCAGGUCAUGUCUAACCAACUUUAUAGAGUUUCUCAUGGAAAGUUGAUGAAAGAAAGGCAAGUGGAUGUUGUCUACAUAGACGUUAGCAAGGUCUUUGAUAAGGUUCCACAUGGGAGGUUAGUCAAGAAGGUUCAGUCACUUGGCCUUCAAUAUGUGGUUAUAAAUAGGAUUGGAUAUGGGCUUCAUGGGAGAAGCCAGAGGAUAGUAAUAGAUGGUUGACUUUCUGACUGGAGGCAUGUGACCAGUAGUGUGCUGUAAGGAUCGGUGCUGGGUUCAUUGUUCAUUGUCAUAUACAUCACCAAUCUGGAUGAUAAUGUGGUAAGAUGGAUCAGUAAAUUUUGCAGUUAAUACCAAGAAUGGGGAUAAGAAUCAGAAUUAUUAUCACUGGUGUGUGUCAUGAAAUUUGUUAACUUUGCAGCAACAGUUCAAUGCAAUACAUAAUACAGAAGAGGAAUAAAUAACUAAAUAAAUAAAUAAUGAAUUACUGUAUACAUACUGUAUAUUGAAUAGACUAAAAAUCAUGCAAAAACAGAAACAAUGUACUGUAUAUUAAAAAAAAGUGAGGUAGUGCCCAAGCAUUCAAUAUCCAUUUAGGAAUCAGAUGGUAGAGAGAAAGAAGCUGUUCCUGAAUCACUGAGUGUAUUCCUUCAGGCUCUGUACCUCCAACCAGAUGGCAACAGUGAGAAAAUGGUGCACCCUGGAUGCUGGGGGUACUUAAUAAUAGACACUGCCUUUCUGAGAAACCAGUCCUUGAAGAUGUUCUGGGUAUUUUGUAGGCUACUACACGAGAUGGAGCCAAAUAAAUUUAAAACUCUCUGCAGCCUUUUUCGGUCCUGUGCAGUAACCACACCCCCCACCUCCCACCCCAUUGUUGCAGCAUCAGAAUGCUCUCCACAGUACAUCUAUAGAAGUUUUUGAGUUUUUGUUGACAUAUCUAAUCUCUUCAAACUCAUAAUGAAGUAUAGAUGGUUUUUGAGCUAUGCCUAGCUACAUGGUCAUGGAUAUAGAGAGAUUAGAGCAGCGGUGUAAGCACACACCCCUGAGGUGCACCAGUGUUGAUUGUCAGUGAGGAAGAGAUGUUAUCUCCAAUCCGCAAAGAUUGUGGUCUUCUGAUUAGGAAGUCAAGGAUCUAGUUCCAGAGAGAGAUACUGAGGUCCAGGUUCUCUAACUUCUCAAACAGGAUUUUGGGAAUGAUGAUGUUAAAUACUGAGCUAUAGUCGAUGAACAGCAUCCUGACAUAUGUGCUUGUAUUGUCUAGGUGGUCUAAGUUCAUGUGAAGAGCCACUGCGAUUGUGUCUGCCAUUGACCUAUUGCAGUAAUAGGCAAAUUGCAGUGUGUCCAGGUCCUUGCUGAGGCAAGAGUUCAAUCUAUUUAUGACCAACCUCUCAAAGAAUUUCAUCACUGUAGAUGUGUGAUGAGAUCUGAAGGAUUAUCCAAUAUGAACUGUUACUUUAAAAAGAGAGAGAGCAGGAACAUGUGUGUGCUAUUUCAGUGAGAGAGAGUGCAACAAAAAGCCUGUGAGUUACCUUGUAAAAGGCAAGGCGGAGCUAUGUGACGGACAUCUGGUGUUCAGCAGUUAUGAAAUAUAUACAAAGUCAACUGGCUUUGUAAUUAGACAUGCCAGAGACAAGGAAGACACUGACACUGGUUGAACUUUGUGUGCUCACGACAAAGGUGGGGUUUUUGAUCACAGUGUAAACAAAGGGGUAACCGGUGGAAAGCUAUCAGUGUGUUUAACCCUUGCCUGUGUUGAUAGCUUUACAGUGCAAAACUGGCAUUCUUGUUCAUGUGGUGACAGUCAGCGACUUUAAUAAGUUUCAGGAGCAGGCCAACAACGUGGAAAAUUCUACGGCAUCGGCUCUGGGAAGACUAAACAUCUCUCUUUCUCUUCAAACCACUCAAUUCAAUAUCCGGAACUGAACUGACUGCAUACCUAUACCUUCGUGAGACUGUAUCAUUUCACCACUUAAGCUUGAAGAAGUUUGGGAACUUUAUUUACUCACUCAUAUAUGCAUAUACACGGCU